AUGUAUGUUGAUGUCGAACGACUUUAUGCGACUGAGUUGGUUCAGGUCAAACUUCCGACUCUGUUCAAGGGCCGAUUUGUUCUUGUGGGGGAUGCGGGAUACGCACCAGGUCCUACUGGUACUGGUACAACCCUCGCCAUGGUCGGUGCCUAUUUGUUAGCCGGUGAGGUUUGCAAGCACAAAUGGAAUCUUGACGCGGCACUUCGGGGCUAUGAGACACAAUUGAGGCCGCUCAUUAAUGAUUUGCAAAAGAUACCACCGCUGAUCCCCACACUUCUUGCACCCCGUCAGCCUGGGGGUUAUGGUUGCGAAACUGAAUUUUUGCUUUUGUUUGUUGGUCCAGGCUUUUCGAAAUUAUGCACAGGUUCCUCGGUAGUGCAUUUGCGAGGAGUGAUGAGUUUCCUCUCGUGGAUUAUGAGUGGGUUGCUUAAGGUUUUCAAGGAUUCGAAAAUAUGA